AUGCCGGCCACCAAGAUCCCGAUCGUCAAGAAGCGCACGAAGAAGUUCAAGCGCCACCACUCGGACCGCUACCACCGCGUGGGCGAGUCGCACCGCCACGAGCGCGGCAUCGACUCGGCGGUUCGUCGUCGCUUCCGCGGCACGGCUGCGCAGCCGAAGAUCGGCUACGGCAGCAACAAGAAGACGCGCCACCUCAUGCCCAACGGCUACCGUCGCCUCGUCGUCUCCAACGUCAAUGACGUUGAGCUGCUCCUCAUGCACAACCAGUCCUUCGCUGCCGAGAUUGCCCACAACGUCUCGAGCCGCAAGCGCAUUGAGAUCCUCGAGAAGGCCAAGGUGCUCGGCGUCAAGGUGACCAACGCCAACGCCAAGCUGCGCGCCGAGGAGGCAUAG